AUGAAGUUUCCAAGCCGCUUGGGAUGCACGGCUGCGCUGCUGUGCUGGAUAGAGGUCCACUGCAACGACUUGGACGGCGUAGAGUUGUUGCAGGUCUCUUCCCGGGACUUUCUGUUUCUGGAUUCCUAUCCCAGGCAGUACGUCGCUCAACGCCUUGGCCCAGGGCAAGCGGUGGUUAUCGAUGGGAAUCUCAAUGAGUCUGUGUGGGAAGAGGUGCCGUUUACAGAUACUGCCUUCCAGGACAUUGCCCAACCUCUUUUCCCCGACUACGUCUUGCCAAAGGAGUUUGCCACCCACGUCAAGGUGCGUUGGGACGCGGACUUCAUGUACGUGGGAGCCUUUAUUGGGGAGCCAUGGGUGGAACAGGGCUUCGUGCGAGGGUCCAACCCCAGCCUCGCCAGUACGAAUCCCAUCAGCAACAGCAACGUCCCGUACUAUGACAAUGACUUCGAGGUGUUCAUUGACGUGUCAGGGUCGAACCACUGGUACAAGGAGUUCGAGAUGAACUUCAACAACGCCACCUACGACGUGCUGUGGCGGGUGCCGGACACUGGCUUGGGGUCCACGGGCGUGCCAUGCUGUGCAAUCACCAGCUCCUCCUGUGAGAGGUACUGCAUGAACUCCUCCUGGCCGCCCUUCGGUGGCACUUGGUCCAUGUUUCCGCACAUGAAGACGGCCACCGCGCGGGCCAGCGGCUGGGCCAUCCCCGGCUGGACUGUGGAGAUCGCCUUUCCCCUGCGCCCGUCGCAGGGCGUUGGGGGCUUGCUCUCGGCCGGGCACGGCACGUAUAUUGAGAACGCCGACCCCAAUGCCGGCGCCAAAUUCUGGUCUGUGGACUUCUCCCGGGCGGAGCAUCCCUUCUUCACCUCCAACUCCUCGCUCUUCGGGCAGCUCUGUCCCUCCAUCCAAAAGACUCAGCCUACCUUGCUGGGGGAUGACCAAUGGAGCUGCUACUGGGAGUGGGUUUGGCAGGAUUUGGGUGGGCACCGGUACAUGCACAACCCCGACACUUUUGGCUUUCUGCAGUUCGCUCCUUUUGGUGGAGAGGAGCUGUGUGGCAAUGUCCGGUGGCCUGCGAGGUAUAUCCUGGCACAGGUGUAUCAGGCGCAAGUGGCAUAUGCCCAACGCUUCGGGAACUACAGCUCAAGGGUUUGGCCGUUGCUCGGGAGAGAGUUCUGCCGUUUGGACAACGGCUGCCAUGCCCGCACGCUGCUGCAAGUUGCCACGAAGUACAGGGAGAUUUACAAUCUCAAGAUUCUGGUGGACAAUGAGGCCGCCACCUGUGUAAGGUACGCGACCAACAGCAUCGGCUCCAACUACACCGGCGGCCCCUGCUUCAAUGCUUCGGUGGAUAUGCGCAUGCCAAGCUGGAGUGGACUGCACUCACGGGUGCACGCGCAGAUCCGGGAGGAUCGGUUGCUGGAAGUGGAGGUGACGGGCACACAUGAGUGCUUGCCAAUCGCGCGGAGGCCGCACGUUUUCUGA